AUGGCUACGGAUAGACAAAUUCGAGCAUCCAGUGCGUCGCUGAAUCCCGCUUGUGCGCACGACGCCAGCAAAUCCACAAACUGUGUAACAAACAAUGCAGGCGAUCGAGAUCAGAAACCCGACAACGGAUUGGAUAAGCAUCUACAUCUGGGAUUAGACGGACCGUUUUGCUUUGAAGAUGCUAGGCGUUCUCGAUUUAAGUGUGUGCAAGGUCCUGCAACUGCGAUCUUAGGUGAAAAACUAGUCAGAGGCAGUGGUUUGACCGGGAGUUUAGACAUGUCAUUACAUAAGCCAAACGUGCUUGACCACAUUAAACUACCUUAUCCAAAAUCAGCAAUUCAGGCAUAUCCAUCAUCCCUGGCACAGUCACCAGGACAUGCAGUUCGUUUGAGCCUAUCGAAUUAUGCACUGCAACAUAACGACCACGGAAUGAUGACCAACGGAAUUCAACAAUGUGCGGGGGAAGCUACGGUUGGAGAAACGACCCAGUAU